UAAAAAAAAAUAAUAAUAAUAACAAUUAACUGUGAUUCAUUCUUAUUGUCGCCGAUUUCACGCAAUCGUAUUUUAUGUAUUUUUGUGUAUAUUAAUACUUAUAUAAAGUUAAUAUUGUUGGUUUUCCGUUUGGUAUAUGCUAAAUUAACAUAAUUCAAAUAUUUUAAAUAAUAAUUAUUUUGAUGUAUCUAUUAUUUUGGUGUCGCGACUUAAUUUUACAAAUUUAAAUUCCUAUUUACAUCAAAAUAUUUUCUUGAGUUAAAUAAAAAACUUAACGUGAAACUUUGUUUUAAUACUUUGGUCAUUUUGACUAUAAAUAAAUAUCAAAAUAUUUUAAAAUAUCUUUUUUAAUAAUCCUUUGAAAUAAUUAUUAUGGCUAUGGAAGGAGAAGAAGUUAUUUCAGAUCAAGAAAAGGUCAGAAUUGUUUCUGAUUUCAUAUUGCAUUCACCACCUGGAGAAUUUAAUGAAGUCUUCAACGAUGUUCGGGGAUUGGUAAACAAUGAUGCCUUACUCAAGGAAGGAACUGGAUGGGCAUUUGCAUUGUACAAUAAAGAACAAACAUUGCCUGUUCUAAUUGAAAAUAGUGAACACCCAGUAUUAAUUACACAGUUCAAUGAUCUUGGAUCCAAUAAGUUUUUUGAUCCUAGAUCUAAACAAUCAUUUAAGUUUGACCAUUUAAGAAAAGAAGCUUCUAAUUAUGAAAGUUGGGAACCUGAAACAGAAAUAGAAGCUUGGAGAUCAGCUUUUGAAACUGAAUUUACUAACUAUACUUCUCUACAUUACAAACAUGGAACAUGCAGUGUAUUUGCAAAAAAAGAAAGUGCUUUAACUGUGAUAACUGCUUGUAUUGAAGAUCAUGAAUUUCAAGCUAAGAAUUUUUGGAACGGUCGUUGGAGGUCUCAGUGGACAAUUACUAUUGGCCAAAAUAAUAACAUUGAAGUUCUUGGAUUUCUACGCAUUCAUGUUCACUAUUAUGAAAACGGUAAUGUUCAGUUAGUUGCAUCAAAAGAAGUUAAAGAAUCAGUACCUUUAACGACUGAGGAGCUAACUGUUAAAGAGAUCUUGAAGUUAGCUGCUGAUGCUGAAAAUGAAUAUCAAAUAGCUAUCACUGAAAACUAUCAGACAAUGUCUGAGACAACAUUUAAAGCACUUCGACGCCAGCUACCAGUAACAAGAACAAAAAUUGAUUGGAACAAAAUAGUAUCAUAUAGCAUUGCUAAAGAAUUCAAAACUCAAUGACCAAUCAAAAAUCAGUCUUUUUUUUUUUUUUGAGUUCAUUAUAUAUAAGACUUAAUUGUUAAGUUUUUAGGAAACAAUCUACUAUGAAAAAACUUGUUCAGAUGGUUUCUCAAAUUUGUUCUGUAAAUUAUAAGAGAAGAUAUUUUUAAUUUAAUUUAA